CUCAAAAAAGUGAAGACCAGAAAAACAUUUGUUUUCAGACACUGGAGAGCAGGCACUAUUACGGCUGUGAUUUUACAACCGCUCCUACAUGCUGGGGGCAGUCUCCAGAUGCAUCUCAAGGUGGGUCGUCAGUGCUUUCAGACUCAGCACAAUCUACAUUUAUUUACGUAGUUAAAAUUACUGUUGCUAUGGGUAAAUUACAGAAGUAAAGCUCAGAGAAUCCGGUUGGCUGGCAGCGAGCGGCGGAACCAAUCCCGGGCUCAGCAAGUUCUCGCGAUACCAUGAGAUCUGCAUCCCUGACGACACCGCCGCGGAGAUGUUAGUGAGACUGGCGGGUGGGCGGUGCGAGCGGCGGUUAGCUCCGAGCUCGGCUUCUCUGAGGAAAACGGGCGUUCACCUGCGGUUGGUCCGACUGUUACCAACAUGAGCGGCGUGGAUGGGGUCAAGAGGACCCCUCCCCUCCAAACCCACAGCAUUAUUAUUUCUGACCACGUCCCGAGCGACCCGGACGCACACCAGUGCCUGAAGCUCCGCGACCAAAGCGAGGCGACACAGGUGAUGGCGGAGCCGGGUGAGGGAGGCUCGGAGACCAUCGCGCUCCCGCCUCCACGGCCUUCAGAGGAGGGGGGCGUACCUCAGGAUCCCGCGGGCCGUGGCAGUACUCCCCAGAUCCGAGUUAUUGGGGGUCGCGGUCAUGUGGCGAUCAAAGCCGGGCAGGAAGAGGGCCAGCCUCCCGCUGAGGGCCUGGCAGCCGCUUCUGUGGUGGUGGCAGUGGACCGCAGCUUGAAAAAGGGCGUUCAGGGUGGAGAGAAGGCCCUAGAAAUCUGUGGCGCCGAGAGAUCCGCGUCUGAGCUGCCGGCGGGGGCGGGGGCCGAGAACGACACUGAGGAGGUGAAGACGGGAAAGUGCGCCACUGUCUCAGCAGCCGUGGCUGAGGGGGAGAGCGCUGAGGUGGUGGUGAAGGAAGGCCUGGCGGAGAAGGAGGUAGUGGAGGAGCAGAUGGAGGUAGACGAGCAGCUGCCGGAAGGUGAAGAAAUAGAAGUGGCGGAGGAAGAUAGAGUGGAGGAGGAGGCGAGGGAGGAGGAAGGGCCCUGGCCUCUGCAUGAGGCUCUCCGCAUGGACCCUCUGGAGGCCAUCCAGCUGGAACUGGACACUGUGAAUGCUCAGGCCGACAGGGCCUUCCAACAGCUGGAGCACAAGUUUGGGCGGAUGCGUCGACACUACCUGGAGCGGAGGAACUACAUCAUUCAGAAUAUCCCGGGCUUCUGGAUGACAGCUUUUCGAAACCAUCCCCAGUUGUCCGCCAUGAUUAGGGGCCAAGAUGCAGAGAUGUUAAGGUACAUAACCAAUUUAGAGGUGAAGGAACUCAGACACCCUAGAACCGGCUGCAAGUUCAAGUUCUUCUUUAGAAGAAACCCCUACUUCAGAAACAAGCUGAUUGUCAAGGAAUAUGAGGUAAGAUCCUCCGGCCGAGUGGUGUCUCUUUCUACUCCAAUUAUAUGGCGCAGGGGGCAUGAACCCCAGUCCUUCAUUCGCAGAAACCAAGACCUCAUCUGCAGCUUCUUCACCUGGUUUUCAGACCACAGCCUUCCAGAGUCCGACAAAAUUGCUGAGAUUAUUAAAGAGGAUCUGUGGCCAAAUCCACUGCAAUACUACCUGUUGCGUGAAGGAGUCCGUAGAGCCAGACGUCGCCCACUAAGGGAGCCAGUAGAGAUCCCGAGGCCCUUUGGGUUCCAGUCUGGUUAACAUUUGCCCUUGGGAAUACUCCUGCACAAGGUCUCCUACCACCUUCUGCUGGACUUGUGCCUGGGCAUCAGCAAUGGGUAUGUCUUCUACUGUGUUUUGUUUUUGCUGACUUUUCUGCACCCUCUUUCCUUUGGAUAUUCAGUUCUCUCAACCUCAAGAUUGAGACGGUGGUGGGUAUGCUUCUCCACUUCCAUAUGACCUUCAUGCUGUUCUGGAAUAUCACAUGCUACGAGGCCAUCCUUCACGCUACUUGUAAGCCAAGCAAAUGAUACUGUAGAUUGUACUGCCGUUAUCUGCACUGCUUGGACGCUGUUUAUUCCCAGGGCCUCUGAACUGGUUGCUAUCACCUGGAUUUCUACCUUUGCGAGCCUAUUCCACCUACUCAGCUCUGCAUCGAGAAGUAAGGGCACAUGCCCUGUGGACAGUUACUGGACGUUAAUGAACUGAGAGGAGAAAAGCAGUGAGCCGCUUGUUCUGUGUGAUUUAUGCUACUUUAUUGCUCUUCCUUCACCUCUAGUCACUUUAUAUUGCUACCUGCCCUGCAUUGGCUCCUGCCAAGGUCCCUCUCUCCCUCUUUUCCUCUGCCUUUUUUUUUUUUUUUGAGACGGAGUCUUGCUCUGUCGCCCAGGUUGAAGUGCAGUGGUGCGAUCUCGGCUCACUGCAACCUCCACUUUCCGGGUUCAAGCGAGUCUCCUGCCUCAGCCUCCCGAGUAGCUGGGACUACGAGUGCGCACUGCCAUGCUGGGCUAAUUUUUGUAUUUUUAGUAGAGAUGGGGGUUUCACCAUGCUGGCCAGGCUGGUCUCGAAUCCCUGACCUCGUGAUCUGCCUGCCUCAGCCUCCCAAUCCUCUCUUAAGUAUUAGCUCAGAAACAUUUGUAAAAGCAAGCUUUUAAUUUCGUUUUGGUUCUGUCAUUUUCAGAGACAAACAAGUUGUCCUGUAAAAUAGAGUGCUAAAGCUCUUAUGCCCCCACCCCUUUCUUUCUUCCCAACUUCCUACUUCCUAGCCCUUUUAUCAGCUCCUAGAAUAUUUAAAGGGAGACACAUCUAGAUGGGAUGAAAGGUGAGAUCUAGUUUAUAAUGGGUGGAGGAACUAAAGAGAUUGUGAUGGGUGCCCUAAGUAGGGGAAACUGAACAAAAGGCUAGAGGCAUGGGCCAGGUAAAAAUUGGGCCUAGAAUGAAGACUGCUGACGUUAAGAGCCUUCGAGGUAGGAGUACUUACUCCUCAAUGGUAAUGAAUGGAGAAAUUCUUUUCAGGAUUGCUAAAGGAGAAUUGAAGGGGUUAAAGUGUUAAAUAUGUUGCCUAGACAAGGGUUCUUUAAAGAAACACAACGCAAGUUUGAAUGCUUGCUUGCUUGUUUUGUGACCUGAUUUAUGUGGAAGAUUGUUACUUCAUUAGGAUUUAGUAAAAUCUUAUUUUUUUUCUGUUUCUAAACUUAUUGUGAAAAUUGAGCUGUGCAGACAUUCUUUUGAUUUCAAUUGGGAACAUUUGGAAGAACAAUAGUCUUUACUUUCCUGUACAAUAUAGAGACAUAUGAAUAUUCAUAACAGUUUUCAACUUGUUCUUGUUUCUGUUAAACUAUAUUCCUAGAAACAUAGUUUGAACAACUUGGUCUUUGUUAGGCUUGUCAAAUUGCCUUCAUGGAAAAAUAAUCUACAAAAGUGUGGUUUAAUUGAUUGUCUUACAUGAUAAUUUCCCCUGGUAACAACUUAGUAAGUGAUGUGUCUUUUUUCCUAAAUUGCUUAAAUACUGUGAAAUUGCUCUGACAAAUUGGAAGUGUACCAUUGGCAUAUUUGUCUUCCUUUUUAUGCAUGAUGGUAAAAUAAAAGCAUGUUGUUCUGCUAGA